GAUCUCCACUGAUCCAGUAAGAUUUCUGGACAAUUUACUUGGUGAGAGUAUGAUCCAUUGACCCACAGAGAAAAGCAGCUGUAGCCUAUUAAAGACAUUGCUUGGUAGCAACAUAGGAAGCAGAGUAGACUGCAGCGUCUGACAAGACUGGGAGUGGAUGUCUAAGCAAACACAAAGCUGUGCGCAUCUGUGAGUAAACAGCAGUGGCAUUCCUCUAUUUACAUCUGCACAUUGUUUUGGGUGCGCAUCUAUUUCACAAAACAAGCACAUUCAAGGUGUCAGAGUCUUCUGGUCUGGGGCAACAUGACUUUUGCAGAACUUUUAGAGCAGGUCGGCAGUAUGGGCCGUUUCCAAAGUAUCCAUGUCACAUUACUGGUCCUGCCAAUAUUACUGAUGGCCAGCCACAACAUCCUGCAGAACUUUACCGCUGCUACCCCUGGGCACCACUGCCAUAUUGCCAUUGUUGCUAACUACACUUGUGAUGACAACUUUACUGACCUCCUGUAUUGCCAGGAGCUCCUCAAGAUCUCCAUCCCUGUGGAUGGGAACCAGCAGCCGGAGAAGUGUCUCCGCUUCAUCUCCGCUCAGUGGCAGCUCCUAGACCCAAAUGCCACAACAACCAAUGGGACCGAGAUGGACACCGAGCCCUGUAUGGAUGGAUGGAUAUAUGACAAGAGUGUUUUCACCUCCACCAUCAUCACCGAGUGGGAUCUGGUGUGUGGCUCACGGACAUUGAAACAGAUGGCUCAGUCGAUCUAUAUGGCGGGAGUCCUGGUGGGAGCGAUUGUGUUUGGAAGUCUCUCUGACAAGUUUGGACGGAAGUCACUCUUGAUCUGGUCCUGUCUGCAAAUGGCCAUCACCGGCUCUUGCGCUGCUUUCUCAUCAAACUUUGCCAUGUACUGCGUUUUCCGCUUCCUGACUGGGAUGGCUCUGUCGGGGAUCAACCUCAACUGCGUGUCCCUCUCUGUGGAGUGGGCCCCCACUAAACUCCGGGCAGCAGUUGGCAUGGUGACAGGAUAUAGUUACAGCAUCGGGCAGUUCAUUCUGGCUGGGCUAGCCUAUGUCAUCCCAGAUUGGCGCUGGCUGCAGCUGGCUGUUUCGGUGCCCUAUUUCAUCUUCUUCUUCUACGGCUGGUGGUUCACAGAGUCGGCCCGCUGGCUUGCAACAGCUGGCAAACUGAACCAGGCAUUAAAGGAGCUGCAGAAAGUGGCACAAAUAAAUGGGCGAAAGGAAGAAGGGGACAAACUCAGCGUAGAGGACUUGAGAGCCAGCCUGCAAAAAGAAAUGUCCGCAGCCAAGUCCACCCACACAGCUGCCGAUCUGGUGCGCACACCGUCUGUACGCAGGGUAUCCUGGUGCCUGUGCUUCGUAUGGUUCUCCACCAGUUUUGCCUAUUAUGGGCUGGCCAUGGACCUGCAGAAUUUUGGGGUCAGCAUUUACCUCAUCCAGGUGGUAUAUGGAGCUGUCGACAUCCCUGCAAAGCUGAUUGGUUUCUUCAUGAUCAGUUUCAUUGGCCGGAGAGUCACCCAGGCUUCUGCUCUCAUCCUAGCAGGGCUUGCAAUCCUGGCCAACAUAUUUGUGCCACAAGAUCUGCAGACCCUGCGCACUCUUUUGGCUGUGUUUGGAAAGGGCUGCCUGGCUGCCUCAUUCAACUGUGCCUUCCUCUAUACAGGAGAGCUCUACCCCACCGUGAUUAGACAGACCGGAAUGGGGUUUGUGAACACCCUGGCUCGGGUGGGCGGCAUAGUGGCCCCGCUUGUGCAAAUGACCAGUGAGUACUUACCCUCCCUGCCGCUGAUCAUCUAUGGAGCUGCCCCUGUUGUAUCCGGCAUCGCCACCUGCUUCCUACCUGAGACCCGUAACAUGCCGUUGCCAGACACCAUAGAGGACAUCGAGAGGCAGAGAAGGUCCAGAGUGAUUACAGAUGUAGGACGGGAAGACAAGGUUCCGCUGAAAGCUUCCAGAUUGGAACCGCUCAAGGAAAUCAUUUGAGAGGAGAAACUAAACAGACUCUAGGUCUUGAUACCAAUUAGUCAGAUUAAAAUCAAACACGCCCGCAUGCUUUACUUGCUCAGGAUCAGAGAUUGCUUCUGUGCAAGGGGUAUUCAUGAGAUGUUAUGUCAGCCUUUUGUAUCCACUUUCAGAGAAGCUAAUAAAGUCAACUGUGCCUCCAAAGGUACAAGCCAUGGUUGCCAACAUGAGGCGGAGGUGUGAGACUGGACACAGCGUUGGGCGGGGAGUCACACAACCUGGAUUCUGAUCCUGGCUCAACCAUUGACACUGGACUUAUGUCUAUUGCUUUUCCCACCGCAAAACCAGUGUGACCAAACUGCACUGAUCCAGUUGGGUCCCAAAUAACUGUGUCUAUUUAAUAGGGCUAGCCAGAAAACAGGAAUUCUGUUUAGCACAAUAAUUUCAGAGGUUUCAUAUCAGAACAAAACCAAGACCUUUCAAAACGUUUCAUGAAAACAGAGCGCUCCAUCCCAGAAGAGCCAAUAGCUCAGGCAAAGUAGCAACCUAAACCUUGUUCUUCUGCACCCCAACCAAGUUCCCUAACAACCAGGAUAGCAAGUCAGCCCUUCUCACACUCUGCAGGGACUUGAACCUGAUUCUUCAUCACAGAAUUUUUCUGCUGCUGUUCCAGGACACCACUGCCAGAUUCGUGUAGCUGCCAACAGCACGGGUGGUACAAACGUGACUCAAAGACUGAGCACCAA